AGAAAAAAAAUUAGGAAUGAGAGGUAAAUAUCUUUCUUUACUACUGCUGAUUGUCUUGGCCUGUAACGAAGUCAUUGCCAAGAACAACUCUUCAACACCUAAACUGAAACGAAGUGAUUUCCCAAAAGAUUUUAUUUUUGGGUCUGCAACGUCUGCCUACCAGGUCGAAGGAGCUGCUCAUGAAGAUGGUAGAGGACCAAGUAUCUGGGAUACCUUCUCGGAAAAAUACCCAGAGAAGAUAAAAGAUGGUAGCAAUGGAUCUGUUGCAGACAACUCUUACCAUCUCUACAAGGAGGACGUGGCUUUAUUGCAUCAAAUUGGUUUCAAUGCCUACAGAUUCUCAAUCUCAUGGUCUCGAAUCUUGCCUCGUGGGAAUCUAAAAGGAGGAAUCAACCAGGCUGGUAUUGACUAUUACAACAAGCUAAUCAAUGAGCUUUUGUCCAGAGGAAUCAAGCCUUUUGCCACAAUUUUCCAUUGGGAUACGCCGCAAGCCCUUGAAGAUGCUUAUGGUGGAUUCCGUGGCGCAGAGAUUGUGAAUGAUUUCCGCGAUUAUGCGGAUAUUUGCUUUAAACAUUUUGGAGAUAGGGUGAAGCAUUGGAUGACACUGAACGAACCAUUGACUGUAGUGCAACAAGGGUACGUUGCGGGUGUAAUGGCUCCAGGAAGAUGCUCCAAAUUUACUAACCCUAAUUGCACAGCCGGAGAUGGAGCCACCGAGCCUUAUAUCGUAGGUCACAACCUUAUCCUUGCUCACGGAGCCGCCGUCAAGGUCUACAGGAAAAAAUACAUGGCGUCUCAAAAAGGUCAAGUCGGUAUUGCUUUGAACGCUGGUUGGAACCUGCCCUAUACAGAAUCCGCCAAGGAUAAGUUAGCCGCAGCACGCGCCAUGGCCUUCACAUUCGACUACUUCAUGGAGCCACUUGUGACCGGUAAAUACCCGGUCGACAUGGUCAACAAUGUAAAAGGCGGUCGGUUGCCUACAUUCACGGCAAAGCAAUCUAAGAUGCUUAAGGGCUCUUAUGAUUUCAUUGGCAUAAAUUAUUACUCUUCUUCAUACGCAAAGGAUGUCCCGUGCUCCACUGAAAACGUUACAAUGUUCUCUGAUCCUUGCGCAAGCGUCACAGGCGAAAGAAAUGGAGUUCCCAUCGGCCCAAAGGCUGCAUCGGAUUGGCUUUUGAUAUAUCCAAAAGGUAUUCGUGAUCUUGUCCUCUAUGCAAAAUACAAGUUCAAGGAUCCUGUCAUGUACAUAACCGAAAACGGUAGAGAUGAAGCUAGUACCGGUAAAAUCUUUCUGAAAGACGGUGAUAGGAUCGAUUACUACGCUCGACAUCUGGAGAUGGUCAAAGAUGCCAUCUCUGUUGGAGCAAAUGUGAAGGGAUUUUUUGCUUGGUCGUUGCUAGACAAUUUCGAAUGGGCAAUGGGAUACACGGUUCGGUUCGGGCUGGUUUACGUGGAUUUCAAGGAUGGUUGUAAGAGAUACCCAAAGAAAUCAGCUCAAUGGUUCAGAAAGUUGUUGAAUGGGAACAAAAACAUGUGAUGAGAUUAUGCAUCAUUUCAUUUUAUCAACAUCUCUGUUAUUCUAAGAGAUUUACUAUUAUGUAUUUCUCUUUGGAAAUAAUAAGCAGUGGUUAUUUUAUACAACU